ACUUUCAAUUUGCCUCAUGUCCUCCCUCUAUUAUCAAUUAACUACACAUGUUCUCCCCUAGUAUUGAAAAAGGUACCAAUGUCAUCCCUCUGUCCAACUUUCAUCCAAUUUUGAGCUGUUGCUUCAUUUCCAUUUGUCCAUGCUAGCAGUUUAGAGAAAAGGAUCAUCUCGAGGUAUUCUGUUAUAAGAGUUUUGUUGUUAAAGGGUUUGAUAAAGGAGGAAAUUUUUUUUGUCUAUUGUGGUAAUAUCCCAAAGAAGUACUUCUUAGAUAAAUUUGUGUUCAAGUAUGAGAAAUCGAUCCCUCAAUUGUCGAAUAUCUUCCAAGGGAAACUGGACCUUUUAGAACUAGGCCUAAGUUUUGAAGGAAAGAUUGAUGCUAAAGUCAGAAAUUUUUUGCUGUGGAAUGCAACCUAAUGAAAUAAGGGAGCUAGCUGAUUUGUAUGGCUUCAAAGUAGGAACCCUUCCUGUUAGAUACCUUGGGGUACCACUUAUAACUGGAAGACUAACAAAUGCUGCUUUAAAGCCUCUCAUCACAAAAAUAACUGAGAAAAUCAGUUCAUGGACUUCCAGAUAUCUGUCAUUUGCAGGAAGAUUGCAACUUAUUUCAUCUGUUCUUCAAAGCAUAACAAAUUUUUGGUGUUCUAUUUUCAUUCUACCAAAAAGAGUAAUUAAAUCAGUGGAGGGAAUUUGUAAUGCCUUUCUUUGGAAAGGUAGAGUAGCUGAUGCAAGAGGAGCCAAGGUAAGUUGGGCAACAGUAUGUCAACCAAAGAUGGAAGGAGGAUUAGGCUUGAAGCCUUUGCAUAUUUGGAAUAUGGCUUGCAUUUUGCGAUUCAUUUGGCUACUUUUCACCAAGGCAGGCUCUAUUUGGGUGGCACGGGUGCAAACAUAUUUGCUUAAAGAAAAGAGUUUUUGGUCAGUAGGAAUUCCUGCAGACACUACUUGGAGUUGGAGAAAAAUCCUAAAACUUAGAACAUAUGCUAGACCUCUGGUGAAGCAUAUGGUUGGUAAAGGUGACACUAUUUUCCUCUGGUAUGAUUCUUGGCAUCCCAAGGGACCUCUUAUUGAAGCAUAUGGGCAGAAAAUUGUACGAGAUGCAGCCAUUCCCUCUCAAGCAAAAUUGUCUCAUGUAAUACAAGGGGAUUAUUGGAAAUGGCCUCCCGCUAGGUCCCCUGAACUAUUGCAGAUUCAAAUUGCUUUGUGUGGAAUGUUAUAUCCUAAUCAGGCUAUGGAGGAUCAGGUUGUUUGGUUGGCUUCUCCAUCAGGUUCUUUUCGAACAGGUGCUACUUGGAACUUCCUUAGGCAAAAAAGAUCUAAGAUAGACUCUCUACUAGGUCCAGGCAGAAGAAUUGGUCUUCUUCCAUUGAUGACACUUAUGUGCUAUGUGGGAAUGCAAGUGAAACUAGGAACCAUCUCUUCUUCUCCUGUCCCUACACUACUCAUAUUUGGGAAAUGAUUUCUUCUAUGCUGGAAAUCCCAUUAAACUGCAUUUGGCAAGAUGCUUUGGAUUGGUUAUGUAAGAGAGUUAAACAUAAGGCAUUGUAUAGCUCUCUUCUUAAAUUAGCUUGGUGUGCAUCAAUAUAUCAUCUAUGGAUUGAAAGAAACAGCAAGAUACAUAGACAGCUAUACAGAGCUCCUUCAGACAGCUAUACAGAUCUCCUUCUGCAAUAAUUGAUAUGAUUCAAA